AUGUCGUCGUUAGGAUCCCGGGAAUCCCACAACGAGACUUCGUUUCCAGCGGGGGUAAGUUUCGCAAGCGUGUCGUCCUUGGCGUGUUUAUUUGCACAAGCAGCUGACGUACGACUUUUGGGGCGAAACGAGGCAAUACCCGAAGCUAUCAAACCAUAUAACUACACAGUUUUCAUUCUUUCUGCCCCCUAUGCUGUUGGAUUUGAAUUGCAAAUUCACAUAAACAAAAAAUUCCCACAUCUCGCUGUAAUCAUAACUUUAUCCUCAACGUUUCUUUUCAGUAUUCACGUCCUACAUCGAUGGUCACAUCUGAACGGAUGGGUGCGUUCGGCGAAAUGCGUCACACUCCAUCACCGGGGCCUCAAAAGUUGAGGGUCGAUAUGAGCAGCUCAGGGUGAGUCAUUCGCAUGAAUCAGAGCUAUCAACACGAAUACUUUCUAGUUCAACGCCAGUUUCGAAAGUGGAGACGCCGAUUCUACCGUCGAGUUCAAUGUCACAAAACCCGCCACACAAUCAGUUUCCAAGGUACGAUUUUCAAAAUCACCGUACCCCCCAAAACAGUUUUUCAGAGGCUCUCAAAGUUACACUUCCUCCCGAUCCAUUCCUCUCCGUAUCAACAUGUCUGGCUCCUCAAGCAGGAGCUCCGCGAAUUCUCAACGCCGCUUCUCCCUCCGGCUCAAUCUGUCAGCCGUUCACCAGUCCGAUUUCAAGCAGAACGGCCUUCGAAUGGAUAUCUUCAACCUUCCGUUUACAUGCCCACUACACAGUCUCAAGCAGAUUCAAGCGAAUCUCGACGAAACACGACAAGCUAUCGGACGUCUACUCUCAGAGUGGAGAUACUGUAGAAUUUGCAAAGAAUUUGAGUGAUUACAUUAACGAUCGGAUACCUUAUCGUGAGAAUUUCCCUGUUCGAAACGACCCGUCCAGUUGACCUCUUUCAGAAGUGAGCAUAGCAGUGCUCUCCUGUUUCAGCCUUCUUGCCUUCCUUCUCAUAAUAUUCGGACUACUGAAUGCACCGUUCUGUGCUGUGCAGCCAAUGAUUCCUAUUUGGCUGAUUGUGGAAGGAGUCAUCUUCAUCAUCUCCGCCACGUUCCGCAUUUACUUCUUGAUUCCGACACCUAGACGAACGGCCUACCGGCGACAGCAGAGGAAGUUAGGAGCCAGUUUGCUGUGCAAGGGAAUCGAAGCUCUUUUUGCACUUGCCAAUGUUGUUUGGCUCAUUUUGGGUGAGUCUAAUUCACUGAGCAGCCUAAUCUCUCUCCAUUCUAGGUUGUGUAUGGGUGUAUGGCUCGAAGAUGUACGUCCAUUUCAACGAGGGAAUGUUCGAGAGUCACUACUGCGACCCCCUCAUCUACUGGUCCGCUUUCUUCGCCUGCACCGCUUUCCUGGUAUGCAGCCCCUUCCUUUUCAAAUCGUUAAAAUACUUUUUCUACAGAUUUUCUACUGCUUGA